UCCAGUGGACAAAUGCAUCUGAUCUGAACAAAAGUGCAGUCGUAUGCUGGUAUUUAGCAAUUGAUUGAAUUGAUGCAAUUGAUAUACUUUUGAUGGUCUUCUCCGCAUCAAAUGUGCAACUUGACCUUCGUCACUUAUGAUUUCUUGUUGGCAACGCUCUUUUCCACAACUGGGUUGAACAGGUCUCUCUGGACAAUCUAGGUCAAGGUGAUAAUGAGGCAGUGGCCUAUAAAUUGAUGUUCUAAUGGGAUCAGAUAUCAGUCAGCCAAACACUGACGACUAGACAGCACAGGUAGACUACGCUUGACCAUGGAAGAGAAGGUUGAACUCAGCGAGCUCGAGAGACCCUUGAGGGGUAACAAAAAGCCAGCGAGACCUCCCAACAUGUUCGAAAGAAUAAUACAGCCAUGCCUCGCUGAAAUAGUUGGAACCACUUUCUUUGUUUUCAUCGGAUGCGUCUCCGUGAUCGAGAACGUGCCCGCCGCGGGAAGAGUGCAACCAGCGCUUGUGCACGGCUUAGCGGUGGCAGUCAUGGUGGCAUGCAUGGCAGAGAUCAGUGGAUCUCACUUCAACCCCCCCUUCACCAUUGCCAUUUACCUGUGUGGAGGCAUGCAACUUACAAUGGUGAUUCCAUACUUGGUCAGUCAGUUGAUUGGAGGGGUACUUGGGGCUGGAAUGUCCAAGCUGAUGACAUCUUCUGAGAACUAUUUGAAUGCAUCCGGAGCAGCAUUUGACAUCCUCAAAUCAGAUGACCAGUUGAAGGGAGCUCUGUGCGGGGAGAUUUUUAUGACUUGUCUGGUUACCAUGGUGGUCUUGCUUGGUGCUGUCAAUGAGAAGAGCAAAAGUCCCAUGGUCCCUUUUAUGGUGGGCUGCACAGUCAUCAUCAACAUUUUGGCAGGUGGAGACGUCUCCGGGACGUGCCUGAACCCAGCCAGAGCUUUAGGACCUGCGGUGAUGGCUGGCUACUGGAGCUACCACUGGGUAUACUGGAUUGGACCAUUAUCAGGUGGCAUACUAGCAGCAGGCUUAGUCAGGGUUUUCCUUGGUGAUGAGAAGAUACGGCUUAUAAUGAAAUGAGACCCAUGGGAAAUAUAUUAAAGAUGCAUUUUUUACAGA